GUAUAAGUUUCUUAUCCAACCAGCUGCAGCCUUGAUCACAGUGUGUAUUGUAAAUCGGGGUGGAGGUUACAUCAAACCAGCACUGGGCUUGGUAAACAUCAGUGUCAGUUUCCUCUGGAGCUCCUUAGCGGCCUUGACGAUACUGGAGGUUGUGAUCUUUUGGUAUGAGGAAAAAAGGAUGGAUUUAAACACACCGACUGCUCCCGCUUUAGAUGCUAGAUAAUGCAUAUAGAUUAGAUCAAGGGAGGCAGAAAUGUGACAACACUUGUUUAAGGGGAUUCAGAGCACUGACAGCUCACGGCCUGCCCACGCAGGGGCACCGACUCCCACGAGGAAAACCCGAGGACCUCGGCCUUUCCGUCCGGAUGACACCGGCAAGAGCGAGCCGCCCCGCUUUGUGUAGCUAGCAUUAGCUAAGCUAACAAAUGUCUCCUUAAAUUCGACUUAAUUGUAAAUGGAUAUCUCAGUUCAGACAAAGUCAUUUCGGGUGGUUGGACCGAGGAGCUGUUGAUGAGUUUGCUGUCUUCGAAAUGGACGGACGACAUCUCUUCUAAGACCGUGUCUGGCUGUGAAAACUGCUAAGGUUUUCCAGGGAUGAUGGAAGGACUUCAUAGCCAGAGGCUUAGCUUGGACCCACGCCGGCUGGAACUUCUCGAGGCCCGAUUCACUGGUGUGGGUGUUGCCAAGACCUCUGCCAACAGCGAAUCAUCAAACCAGUCUCAGUGCAGCGCUGGGUCUCUGAGUGACAAGGAACCAGAGACUCUGGAGAAAAAGGCCAGUGGGAGAAGCAAGAAGAGAAAAGGCGACAUCUUCGACGGCAGCAGCCAAGGAAAGGGAAAGGGGCAAAAGCUAAAUGAAUAUUUUGAGUUUGCUGGUAGCAGUGGCUCUGGCACCAGUCCUGCACGAGGCGUCCAUUUGCUGCUGCGCUCUUCUUCACAGUGUUCUCUGUCUUAUCCUCCGAACGGCAGUCCUUCAUCCAUAGGCUCCGCCCACACCGACUCUUCUUCCUGCAGCUCAUUCAAGACAGCCCCUACAACUUCCUGUUCACAUAAAGCAAUCCAGUCGGAUCUGACCCUGCUGAAACUAAAAGCAAUAGAGAAGGUCAAGAACUCUGACCUGGAGAAGACAGAAGGGAGGAUAGACGACCUGGUGAGGUCUAACUGUGACCUCAGGCGGCAGGUUGAUGAGCACCAGAAGAUGCUUGAGCGCUACAAGGAGCGGCUGAACAAAUGCGUGAAGAUAAGCCAGCAGCUGCUGAUUGAGCAGUCAAAGAGGGAGAAGAUGAAUUGCAGGGACAAGAGCAUGCAGGAUCGUCUGCGUUUGGGUCACUUCACCACCGUGCGACACGGAGCAUCCUUCACAGAGCAGUGGACCGAUGGAUACGCCUUCCAGAAACUCAUCAAGCAGCAGGAGCAAAUCAACGUGCAGCGGGAGGACAUUGAAAGGCAGAAGAAGCUUCUGGGAAAGAGGAAACCUCCAACGGUCCAGAUGCCUCCACCCAACAUAGAACAGAACAAGCGAAAGAGCAGAAACAAUGGCCAGGAGAAUGAAACGUUGUCGCUGGCUGCGUACCGGGAACAAGAGGAGAUUUUCAAACUUCGAAUAGGCCGUUUAAAAAAGGAAGAAGCAGAGCUCCAGGCAGAGCUGGAACAGCUGGAGAGGGUUAGAAAUUUGCACAUUCGGGAACUCAAGAGAAUUCACAAUGAGGACAGCUCAUCAUUUAGAGACCAUCCCACACUGAAUGACCGAUACCUGCUUUUACGUUUGCUAGGAAGAGGUGGUUUCAGUGAAGUUUUCAAAGCUUUUGAUUUAACAGAACAGAGAUAUGUAGCCAUCAAAAUCCAUCAGCUCAACAAGAACUGGAGGGAGGAGAAGAAGCAAAACUACCACAGACACGCCUGUAGAGAGUACAGGAUCCACAAAGAACUCGACCAUCCUAGAAUAGUCAAACUCUAUGACUAUUUCUCAAUCGACAGAGACUCGUUCUGCACAGUGCUGGAGUACUGUGGAGGCAACGAUCUGGAUUUCUACUUGAAGCAGAAUAAAUCGAUGACAGAGAAGGAGGGACGCGCCAUCAUCAUGCAGCUCGUCAACGCCCUCAAGUAUCUCAACCAGAUUCGGCCACGCAUCAUCCACUAUGACCUCAAGCCCGGGAACAUACUGUUGGUUAAUGGCACGGCGUGCGGUGAGAUAAAGAUCACCGACUUUGGCCUGUCUAAGAUCGUGGAUGGUGACAGCUCCGCAGACGGCAUGGAGCUGACUUCACAAGGAGCCGGAACCUACUGGUAUCUACCACCUGAGUGCUUUGUAGUGGGGAAAGACCCACCAACAAUAUCCAAUAAGGUGGAUGUUUGGUCGGUAGGGGUCAUCUUCUACCAGAUCCUAUAUGGGCGCAAGCCGUUUGGUCACAACCAGUCCCAGCAGGAUAUCGUCCAGGAAAACGCCAUACUCAAAGCUACUGAAGUGCAAUUCCCCCCAAAACCCGUCGUCACUACAGAGGCAAAGGCCUUUAUUCGCCGUUGCCUGGCUUACCACAAGGAGGACCGCAUGGACGUUCUGCAAUUGGCCAGUGACCCCUUCCUGAUGCCCAAUAUUCGUAAAGCCCUGGGAAGCAACACAGCACCUGUGCUGCCCAGUCCCUCCACCUCCAGCUGCUACAGCAGCAGUGCCUCCAACUCAAGUUAGCAUGAAGAACAUAGUGGAAAACCUAGAGGACUACGGCAGCAACGUGGAGACAUUAUACACGUGUGUGUGUGUGUGUGUGUGUGUGCGCGCGCACAGGAAAGAGGGAUUCUAAAAGUAUGAAUGGAGGGUGACAUGAGGGGGUUUAAAAUGUGCCCCCGACUGUUCUCCAACUGGUCCACACUGCAGGGCCAAGCCUCUAUCUUUGGGCUCAAUAGAACCCAAAGAUUUGCAGAUACGCAUGCACUAACAUAAACCUUGGCUUACUCAAAGGGACUUUCUUCAUGCUAAAAUAAAGAGCAUUUGGAAAAUUUUGCACAAUUGACUCGCUUCUAAGUAUGGCGUGGAAAUCCUCACGGUCAUACUCGGUGGUUUACAGAAGAAAAAGCUUUUAUAAUGGUUCAUCCCAUACUGCUUGGAAUCUAUGAAACUCAAUCCUAACUCUAUGGGUCUGUUUCAAACAUGUAUACCUGGAGGAUUGAAGAGCUGCGAGUGUUUUCGGGAGUGGCUGAUGAUGGAGAUUAAAGCAGCCUUGUUGACUUGAAAUCAUUGAAAAUGUAUUCAUGACUUGAAACAAAAGAGAACUGAUUAUGGAGAGAAUGAUUAGUUUUGACCUAUUUUCUGUAACUGUACUUGAAGUCAGCUUUUUAUUUUAAUGAAGUCCAUAUUUUUCCAUUAGAUGUCCCCCUCCUAAUAUUGCUAACCUGAAAGGGAGGGGUUGACUCUGGGUGAGUGUUGCAAGUUGUGACUCAGCUGAAAUAAUUAAUGAGAUCAUUAAAAAGUAUUUGGUUAUCA